AUGUGGGCAAGCAUCACGUUGAUCUUGAAUGCUCUUGGGUCACUUGGCUCUAUCAAGCGCGAAGCAUCAACGUGGUGCCAAGCGGCCGCUGGAACUUGCGUGGGGGAACUCCACAGUUUUGAACACCGGAGAUUGCCUGGUCAAGCAGGUCUCAGUGGUCGCAGCUCGCGAGAGGCGGAUGCUCAGCAUUUGAGUUUCGCCGAUUGGGAUGCUGACGGAGACCUGGAUCUUUUGGCUGGUCACUACACGCCUGAGGUGUUCCAGAUUGAUUUCUAUGAAAGGCUUCCAGAUGACACCUACCGAAGGAAGGAACUUCUGAAACUUCCUCAUCAGGGUUUUCAAAGCUUUCGGGUGGCCGAUUGGGAUGUCGACGGCAAGUUAGACUUAUUGUUUUGCACCAGAGUCGGUGACGAGACAACGGUGACUUUCCUGAACCGAUCUUUGUUUCAUUGGAACUCCGAGACAGUCGAUCAUGGCAAAGCGAUUGUGUCGAUCAAAAAAAGUUGCUCAUCCUUAUGUGAUCAGAUGCAGCCUGUGGAUUUUGAUGAGGAUGGCGAUGUUGACCUCUUCCUAGGGCGAACAGGUCGUGGACUUGGUACACUGCCACCAUGCAGUGCAUACUUCGAACGAAGCUCUGCAGACUUGGUCCAGCGCGAUGUGAAUCCAAUGAGUCAAUUUGACAAUGCUGCUGCCUAUGUGGUGCAGAUCGUGGACGUGGAUGGUGACGGACGACUGGAUGUGAUACAAGAGAGGCGGCAUUCUCUCGAUUAUGCUUAUCGCAGUCGCCUUCGCUACUUUCGGAGGUCACAUGAUGGUAGUUUUGUGGAACCUGUGGAAAAUCCACUGCGGGAGAUCGACGAGUAUGUAAGGUCAAUCCACGUCACGGACUGGAAUUCAGAUGGUUUGCCAGAUAUUGUGAUGGUGCAAACGUCCGGCAACGAGUGGAAGAUAGAAAACUACUAUCAACAUGUGCUGAACCUAGACAUGAAGUACAACUCUUAUUUCACUUCCUACGAGGACAUUAUGCCGGGAUUCAGAAGACAUUUGGCCAUCAACUGGAACAAAGAUGGCUGGCAUGAUGUAGUGCUGCUGCCGGAUUCACACAACAACGUAGAAAUUGAGGCAGCCUACAUCAGCUGGGUGGAGGGAAGAAGUCCAGCACGGCCACCGCCGCUGGGUUUGUACGAGGUGAAUCAGCUGAAUGUCCGAGAAGUUGGUGGGGUCUUCGAAGACAUCCCAGCAAAGCUUCAAGACAGUUUUGCCAUUGUCGAUUGGGACUUUGAUGGCGACUUGGAUCUCAUUGUCGGAUCAUAUUUGGAUCACAAGGUGUACUAUUACGAGAUGGUCUUGGGUCACCUAAAAUCGGUGAACUCAACUUCAAAUCCGUUCCGUCACAUCAAAUUAGACCUACCAGACUGUUAUGAUUAUUUGGGCACUUCUUGCUGUGAUAGCCUUAUGCCUGUGGAUUGGGACAAUGAUGGUGACAUGGAUUUGGUCUUGGGCGAUGGUCGUUAUUUUGAACAAAUGGCAGAUGGCAGUCUACAUGAGUGGCCUAGUGAGAAAAGCCCCUUCAGGGCUGUGGGUGUGAACAGGACAUCAUCCUUUGAAAGGAUGUUCGGGUCGAGGAUGCGAUUUCUGGACUCUGACGGAGAUGGUGAUCUCGACCUGAUUAGGAGAGUUGGACAAAGAUUUCAAGCCUGUGAGCAUGACAGCGCUGGUGAGGUGCGAUGCGACGAUGAUUUCCAAUGCUUAGGCACGAAUCUCAGUAACUCCCUCAAUACUGGCCUUUCUGAUUCUCAGAACUGGGACUUGGGAGAUGUGUCCGAUGGCCGACUCAAGAUCAUCACAUCUGACAAUCGCCUCAAGCUUUGGACCGCAGGGUUUUGCACGCCUUUGGAUGCGUGCUAUGGAAAGGGCUCGUGCAGACUCCGACAUCUCAAGUGCAGCUGCAAUCCAGGUCAUGAGCUUGAUGAUUGCUCUCGCUGCGAGCCACAUUUCUACAGUGUUGCACCAGAUGCAGGACAGAUGCGCAACUGCAAACCAUGUCCAGGGGAUGGCAACGUGUGCUACGGUCGUGGAGAUUGCUUCGACGAUGCGACAGCACAACAAGCUCUUGCAGAGCAUGAUAAAACUGCACGUGUGGCAGCAGGGAAUGGUUCAUGCAUCUGCCAUGAGGCUUACUUCAACGGCAACGAUGCUGACGGCCGAAGUACUUGCUUAAAUGGUAGUUGCCCAGCUGGAACUGAAGAGAGGGAUGGCAGAUGCCAUCCUUGUGAUGCAGGCGCAUUUUCCUCUGAGGGGGGCUCUUGCAAGAAAUGUCCGCGUGGAAGAUAUUCAUUGAGCGGAAACAGCGUCUGCUUGCUUUGCCCUGCAGGGCUCAUCUCGGACAUCGAAGGGGCUGCGGUGUGUGACCCCUGUCCUGCAGGCAAGUACGAAGUGAACGGCCUGUCCUGCUACGACUGUCAGCCCGGAAAAAUGUCCUCAGGUAGAAACAGCUCAUGCAGUCCAUGCCAAGCCGGAUUUGCAGCACCGAAACCAGGUAGUAGCACCUGUGAAGCAUGUGCAGCAGGUAGAUAUUCUGAAGAAGCCAGUGCACGAUGCGUCGCAUGUCCUUUAGGCACAGUGUCAAGCCCAGCAAGUGGUACUUGCAGCCGGUGUGAUGCAGGAAGCUUUGCCAGAGACUCCUCAACUUGUGAACAAUGUCCCGGUGGGACCUAUUCGCCUCCUGGCAGCAGCGCAUGCCAGGUGUGCCUGGCUGGACGGUUUUCUUUGACGGGAUUCAGUAGUUGCCCUAAGUGUCCUGCGGGAUCAAUUACAAAGGUUGAAGGAGCUAGCACUUGUGAGCUAUGUCCUGGCGGAACAAGUGCUCGUCCUGGCAGCAGCACAUGCCAGAUGUGCCAAGCCGGAAAGUUUUCUCCAGUGGGAAGCAGCAGCUGCAUCAACUGUGCUGCAGGAUUCAUCUCGCAAAGAGGAGCUUCAGCUUGUGACCAAUGUCCUCUAGGAACACAAGAAGUGAACCACCAAUAUUGUGAUCAGUGCCCUGCUGGAUUUGCUGUUUCGCUGGAAACAAACUUCUCCUGCACCAAAUGCCAAGUCGGUUUUGUAGCACCGAAUCCAGGCAGUAGCGCUUGCGAGCCAUGUCCAGCAGGUACGUAUGAAGCGAACCACCUAUCAUGCAGUCUUUGCGCGCCUGGAUUUGUUUCCCUAGGUGCAAACAACUCAUGCAGCGCAUGCCAAGCCGGAUUUGUAGCACCAGAUCCAGGUAGUGACACUUGUCAACCAUGUCCUGGUGGGACCUAUUCAAUCUCUGCUGGGAGAAGCACAUGUCCAAGCUGUCCACCAGGUCAAGUGUCCAGUCCAGGCAGUGCUGUGUGCGAUCCCUGUGAGGGAAGUAUUUUGCGAACAACUCCUGAUGUCACCAAACAAAGCUGCCAGAUCGAUGAGAUGGAUGUUGUUCUUGCAGUCAUAUCCACAGUGACAUCAGCAUGCUUUUGCUUCUUGUGCUUGAUUGGUCUUCACGGUCGAGUUGCCGUGGCUGAUUUGUCUGCCCAGGGGCAGAAGUUGGUGAUUACCACGUCCAUCUCUCACUUUUUGCUGAAACAGUCCUUUGCAGAGGUGACUUUCACUGGCAGUGGUGUUCCAGACUUGGAGACCUUCUCCUGGAAAGUGAAAGCCUUGAAUUCCUUCCAGUUAACCUUGCAUGGUGAAAGCUCAGGCGUGCCUUUGGAUACCUCCAUGGGACAUGUCCACAUGAAGUUCCCACGUGUUUUCCUGGUCAUUGGACUUUGGCACUGCCCUCUCAUUGGCUGGUGCUUGCUCUUCGGCGCAGCCAGUACAGGGACCGCAAGCCAGCUCAAAUGGUCCUCGUCCUUGCUCGUGGUUGGCUUGGGCACUUUGGCGGGUUCUUUGGCCUUCUUCUGGCGGCGCAGGCAGAGUCGAAGAACUCCCCUCUGGAAGCGGCGACGACAAUUCCUCCAAGAGUGGCCCUUGCGGUUGAAGCCUUGUGAGCGUGGUCCCGAUCGCUCGAUCACGGCGGGAGAGUUGCAGGACUUUGCCCAGUUCUUUGAGGCCUUCAUCAAGGAGCGGUCCAUGUACUACGUUUGCUCCAAUCUCGUGAAGCCUCUCACCGAGCCCUAUCAGCUCUCCUUCGUGGAGCUUGUGGGACCCAGCCCCAUGGAAUGGUUCGUGAGCCACUACUGGGGCAUGGCUGCGAGGCAUUUCAACGAUGCCAUCCGCAAGCAUGCCCAGUCCUAUGCCAGCGAUUGGAGGGCAUUGGCUUUUUGGAUUUGCACCUUCAGUAACAGCCAGUGGCACGUGAAGGAUGAGCUUGGAAAUGGAGUCUGGCAGGAAUCUUCGUUCUACUUGGCGCUCCGAAGUCCAGCAUGCAGAGGGACAGCGAUGAUUAUUGAUGAACAGGUGCUCCCGCUUCAGCGCAUUUGGUGCUUGUUCGAAGUCUACCACACGAUCCGCCUGUCCUGUUCGAGUGAUCAUUUUCAAGGUCUUCUCCUUUGCACCUCCACGGGCGUCCUCCAAGAAGGCCGUGCAGGCACCGACGUGGCGGUCCGCGUGGCGGAGCGGGCCGCCGACCUCGACACCCGCAGCGCGGAGGCGACGUGUGAGGAGGAUCGGCAGAUGAUCUGCGACCUCAUUGAGGCGAUGCCGGGUGGCUUCGAUGCGAUGAACAACUACGUGCGCGAGACCAUUCUGGAGGCCUUGGAGGCUUCACAUCAACACUACGAGUCAACUUUCAAAGGUUUGAUUCGCAACUUGACCUCCAGGGUGGCCUUUGCCAGAGCGGCCAACGACGCCACAUCACUUCCAAGGCUGCUUGGAGCAGCGAGGGCCGUGCCUUCAGAUCAAACGGCCGAGAAGACUCAGCUCGCUGAGGGUCAAGAGAGCCCCCGCGACGAUGUGGCAAUAUAG